AUGCUUGGCAGGUCCUAUGAACAGUCCAUAGAGCGGUUCGACACGUACGAAACGUCAUACGAUGCUGUCUCCUCCACUAAAGAUGAUUUGGUCCUGAUGGAACGGCCUCUGUCCCUCAACGAAUACUAUCACUCGGAACGACUUGAUCCACGAUACGCCCCUGCUGCCAAGGAGCAGUCCAGGGUCGAAAAAUUGCUGGUUUCGCGGUUCGCCAAAAUCUUCUUCGCUACCAUCCUUGUACAGGCGCUCAUAGUGUUGGCUUUCGAGGGCUUCAUUUUCGCCCAGUUUCAAAAGAACCUCAACAAGGACAUUCCGUCAUCGUCAAACUCGCGAUCCAUUGCCGUCUACCUGGCGCUGUACAUUUUCGCUGAGAUAUUCGUCUGCAUUCUGUCUUACCUGUCGCUAUGGAAACAAAACAUCAUGGAGAUUUACGGCAUCUGCGUUUUCAUGGCUCUGCUGGUUGUCUAUGGAGCUAUUGCCUACGACCAAAUGUACACAGCCAUAAAUGAUCUCACAGAAAGAUCCGCUUUUGACUCCACGAGCUGGGCUCUCAUCAAGGCCUUCCUAGUCGCUGUACCCUGUGUCAUUGGACUGGCGUUCAUCAUAGUGUGUAUCUGUGCCUUCAAGCUCAAGGCUGAGCUAGGCUGGAUCACCUACCGAAACGUGGGAGCGGAUCUCGUCAUGAGACGACGAUGGAUGCAGUACGAAAUUUUCAUGUCCAUCUUGAAGUUCGACUUCUUCUUCUUCCUGGGCUUCACUGUCCAGUUCAUCGUGGUCGUACUCAACGUUAAGGAUGUGGAGUUUGGCCUGACAAUCGCUGUCGUGCCGCUCACCAUUGUCUUUCUCUUUCUGCUGUCUCUGUUCGUCAAGAAGGAAAACAAAAUCGGCAUGCUGGUCAUGCAGUUCUUCCUUCUUGCCGGCAUGGCAUACUUCAUCUUCAAGCUUGUGCGCAUUUACGACCCUGCCCAGGAAUACAAGUACGAGGCGGUUCGCAAGUCACUUACCAUCUUUGCAGCCAUCACUCUGUUUCUGGUGACCGCCACCAUAGCUCUGUCCGUUGUGUGCAUCCUCAAUUUCAACAAGGGCCUCAAGCCCAUCAUCGAGGGACGACGAAAAGACCCCUACGGAAUGAACAUUUUCACCGCAGAGAAUGACUUUGUCAUUAAUUAG